GGUUGAGGGGCAGUUAUGACGGUGGUUUAGGAACGUUCUCUUGGCUGUCUUUUCAGGGGGCAGAGGGUAACUCUGCAGGAGAGCUAGCUUUGCGCGGAAGAGGCCUCAUUGCCGAGAUUACGCGUAACCCGGCUAAGCCCCAGCCAAGUGACUGUCCGCUCUGGAGGCCUGGCCACAGCACCGGCUUCUGGAACUUCUGGAAGACCGCCUUCUAGCCACCGAAGAGCUGUGAGAAGUUGGAUGUAGAAUUGCUUCCAUGAUUGACUUCCUAUGCAAAUCUGUAGUUUCCUGAUUCUUCUUCACAACCUGUAAUCAUGGACUUGUUUAUAUGACCUUUCAAGACCACAACACAUCAACUGGCCAUCUUCUCAGGAGAUUGACCAACAAAAGUAAAUUAUAGACUGACUUGGAAAACACUCUCAUGGACUUGAUCUUGGCAGUUAAUGGCAUACUGUCUUACAGUAUUAUUUAAAUAUUUCAUAUUGCUUACUUUUCUUUCUUUGGUCACACUGGAUAUGCUGCUCUUCUUUAUUUUGGGAUUGUUCGUACAUUUUGUGUUCUUCGGCUCCAUCUUCGAUAUUUAUUUUACCUCUCCUUUGGUUCAUGGAAUGACUCCUCAGUUUACACCAUUGCCUCCUCCGGCAAAAAGAUUAGUACUGUUUGUUGCGGAUGGCCUGCGGGCAGAUACGCUUUAUGAAUUAGAUGAAAAUGGAAAUUCGAGAGCACCAUUUAUUAGGAAUAUCAUAAUGCAUGAAGGCAGCUGGGGGUUAUCUCAUACCCGUGUGCCAACUGAGUCUCGGCCAGGUCAUGUGGCCCUGAUCGCUGGGUUUUAUGAAGAUGUCAGUGCAGUUGCCAAAGGGUGGAAGGAAAAUCCUGUGGAAUUUGAUUCUCUUAUUAAUGAGAGCAAGUACACAUGGAGCUGGGGAAGCCCUGAUAUCUUGACUAUGUUUGCCAAAGGUGCUUAUGGAGACCAUGUUUUUACAUAUACCUAUGAUGCUGACAGUGAAGAUUUUGGUGCCCAUGAUGUAACAAAACUGGAUACGUGGGUUUUUGAUAAAGUUAAGGAAUUCUUUCAUGCUGCCAGAAACAACCAGUCUUUGUUUUCUAAACUAAAUGAAGAAAAAAUAGUUUUUUUCUUACAUUUAUUAGGAAUAGAUACAAACGGACAUGCUCACCGACCAUCAUCAAGGGACUAUAAGGACAAUAUUAAACUAGUGGAUGCGGGAAUAAAAGAAAUGGUGUCCAUUCUUGAACACUUUUAUGGAAAUGAUGGGAAAACGGCAUUUAUCUUUACCUCCGACCAUGGAAUGACAGACUGGGGUUCCCAUGGGGCUGGUCAUCCUUCAGAGACUUUAACUCCUUUUGUCACUUGGGGAGCUGGAAUCAAGUAUCCCCAAAAAGUAUCAGCUCAGAAAUUUGAUGAUGCAUUUUUGAAAGAAUGGAGAUUAGAGAGCUGGAAGAGGCAAGAUAUCCAUCAGGCUGAUAUUGCACCACUGAUGGCUUCUCUUAUUGGAGUUCCCUUUCCCCUUAAUUCAGUGGGCAUCCUUCCUGUGGAUUAUCUUAACAACACUGAUCUCUUCAAAGCAGAGAGCAUGUUUACAAAUGCAAUACAGAUUCUCGAACAAUUCAAGGUGAAAAUGACUCAGAAAAAAGAAGUUACUUUACCGUUUUUGUUUAUACCAUUUAAGUUGCUUCCUGAAUCUAAACAGCUAAACCUUGUAAGAAAAGCAAGAUAUUACAUAAAACAGAGAAAGUAUGAUGAAGCAGUCUCCCUUUGCGAGGAGCUGAUUCAUCUUGCAUUGAAAGGAUUGUCCUAUUAUCACACUUACGACAGAUUCUUCUUGGCCAUCAAUGUUGUUCUUGGUUUUUUGGGAUGGACAUCUUACGCUUCUUUGUUGAUCAUCAAGUCUCAUUUUAACCUUACUAGAGGUGUUAAUAAAGAAGUUAAGAAACCAAGCCACCUCCUGUCAUGUAGUUGUAUAGCUAUUGGUGUUUUUGUAGCAUUUUUCCUGCUGCUUCAAGGCUGUCCCUGGACUUAUUACAUAUAUUGUUUGUUGCCAGUGCCAAUAUGGUAUGCGGUUCUAAGAGAGUUUCAAGUUAUUCAAGACUUUGUCACAUUACUGUUGACCGUUCCUCCAAGUUAUUUUGUUGGAUACCUGUUAGUCUUUAUCCUGGGAAUUGAAAUAUUAGUUCUCAGUUUUUUCUACCGCUACAUGCUUACAGCUGGACUUCUAGCAUUUGCAGGUUGGCCAUUUAUCACCCAGCUAUGGACUCGAGCAAAGAGCCUCUCACUGAGUUGGAUUUUCUUCUCUUUGCUCCUGGCAGUGUUCCCACUGAUGCCCGUUGUAGGACGAAAGCCAGAUAUCUUUCUAGUGAUGGGCGCAGGCUUGCUGGUUCUUCUGCUAUCCCUGUGUGUUUUAACAUCUCUCAUAAAAAGAAAAGACAGUUUUAUAAAUGAAGAGCUAUUGUUACAUCUAUUUCAGAUGCUGAGCAUAGUGCUUUCUAUGUGUGUUACCUAUAGCACCCACAGCAGUCUACGCAAGAAACAAGGACUGCCUCUUCUAAAUCAGAUCAUUAGCUGGCUAAUAUUAGCCUUUUCCCUCGUCCUGCCACUGCUGAGUCCCACAAGUCUCUUCGAGCGGUUGUUUAGCAUUCUUCUUUCCUUGAUGUCAACCUACAUACUGCUAAGCACAGGGUACGAAGCUCUCUUUCCAUUAGUAUUGUCAUGCUUAAUGUUUGUCUGGAUACAGGCGGAGCAAGAAACCCUGCAGCAACGUGGUAUUUCCUGCAAACAGAAGGUCACCAGUGUCCGGUUCACCUGCAGUACUGAUAUAACCCAGUUCCGACAGCUCUAUCUGGAUGACGUCCGGAGGGCCUUUUUCCUUGUUUUCUUCUUAGUGACAGCAUUUUUUGGAACUGGGAACAUAGCUUCUGUUAACAGCUUUGAUCUUGCCUCUGUCUAUUGCUUUCUGACCGUGUUUAGUCCUUUUAUGAUGGGAGCCCUGAUGAUGUGGAAGAUUUUAAUCCCCUUCGUUCUUGUGAUGUGUGCUUUUGAAGCAGUUCAGUUAACUACGCAGUUAUCAUCAAAAAGCCUUUUUCUCAUGGUUCUCGUCAUAUCAGACAUUAUGGCUUUGCAUUUUUUCUUCUUGGUCAAGGAUUAUGGCAGCUGGCUUGAUAUUGGAACAAGCAUUAGCCACUACGUGAUUGUCAUGUCCAUGACCAUCGUUCUGGUGUUUCUCAAUGGCCUGGCCCACCUGCUCACGACAAAGAAACUCAGAUUCUGUGGCAAACGCAAAAGCCACCUCAUAUGAUGUUGCCCAGGCCAUCAUUCAACGUCUGGAUCCUGCCUCCCAUUCUCCUUUUACACUAAACUCUUAUCGAGGAUUCAGUAAGAAAAUGGACAUUGAUGUACAGCAUAUUCUGCUCCUACAGAGAAAAAGACAUGCGGAAUUCUGAGUUUACAGGUUAUCUGCAAUAAAGGAGCUUCCAUUUUCUUGAGUUUCUGUGUGUGUGAAAUAGUGGUUCUGUCUGCGGAAGGGCAUCGUGGACUUUCUCCAUUUUCAGUUUCUUCCUUUAGCUGUCGGCCCCUCUCACUGAGCUUUUAGAGCACCUGGAACAGUCGGCUCAGCAACCGCGCAGCGUCCCCUAGAUGCGGCCGAGAAUGUGCUCCCGUGGGGGCGGUGCUGCUCACGUCCACAGCCAGCACUGGCUGAGCUUGGAGCAGGUCACCCGGCUGCACCACAAAUAUUUAUCAGCGCUCAGCCCUGGUUUUGCAAGGAAUGAUAACGCUAGAAAGAGAAUCAGGAUCUGUUCCUUACCGAAGCUUCAGUAGAAACAGUGUUGGCAGGCGUUUGCCAUUUUCCCUCGGAGUGCAGCGACACUGUCUUCUUAGUGCUCUUCAGGGUUUUCAUAGUGUCCCAGCCAGGUGCAGGUUGACCAUCCCUUUUUUUUUUUCCUUUUUUUUUUUUUUUUCCAUUUCUGGAUUCCCAUUGGAAUUUCUGUAGAUAGAAAGGUAGAAAAUACUUGGUGUUUGUGUCCGAUUCAGGGAAAAAUUUUUAAAGGAUUAAUUUUUACUUGUAGACUCAGUAUCUGUUACCCGCAUAGCUUUUAUCACAUAUUGUUUCAACAGAAUUCUUUAAGUCAGUGGUUAAACUUUCUGACCAUAUCAUAGGAAUCAGUGUUAAAAUUGCUUAUCUUUCUGGUUGGAAGAUUCUAGCCCAAAGGCUUAGAGUCCUCUCACUAAAUUUAAAUUUCCAUUUGUAAACUAAUUCUAACGGACAGAAUAGUUUGAGAGUAAUUUUUAUUUGGGUUUUUCACAAAGUGACCUUUAUGUAUCACUGUAGACUUGGCCUUUAGCCCAUGGCGUGCCAGUAGAUUUUGGCUGAUGCUAAGCUUUGCUAGUCUGAGUCCCACUUUUUAAAAAAUUCCUUUUGAAUUAAAUUACUGCAUUACUAGUUCACAUUAAUGACCAGGAAGCCCCCUACAAAAUACUAUAUUUUUUAAAUUGGCCGGUGAGUGAACAAAUACAAUUUAGAAGAUUCAGAACGCAGUUUGGCAAAACGCACUUUCUUACUUUCUGCUUACAAUGAAGUGCGGUAAUAAGUCGUGAUAGUACUUCAUGUACCAAUGACAGAACUAUGGUACAAGGAAAGAAAGAGACGUAGAUUUCAGUGUAAGGCCACUUGCAUCCGUGUCUGAUAUAAAAUCUUGCUGGACAACUAAGCAGCUGCUGUAACGGAUGAUGGUAUUGGCAGGUACGGAACCCGUGAACUUUCACGUUGCCUCAGGAUUUUUAAUCGGUUUUUUCACAAGUCAGCGAAAACCGACUUUAUAAACACCAUUUAACUCCUUUUAUGCCUAGUUUUACCUUCCAUCUUUUCCCAGAUUUCCACACAGAAGAAUUAAUGAAUAUUUUAUUAUGACAUUGUAAAAGGUGCUCAGCGAUUUGCCUUUAUUUUGCUUGAAGCACGUCUUCAUGUUGUCCUGAGUCCAUGUGAGCUGACAAAAGAGUGAUGUGUACUUGCAGCCGUGGGCUCGCCUUGCCGCACUGUUACCUGGACCCCUCAGACUUUGGGGAACAGAGAUCUAGACAGGCCUUUUCUGUUGUGCAUCUUAUCAAAUAUCUUAGCGUUUUGAAAUGCAUAUUUUUACAUUGAAUAACAGAAAAAAUAAAUAUUAUUUAAAUGUA